UAUUAAAUUGAUAAUGAUAAUGAUUACUGUUUGUUCAUUGAUGUGUGAUCAAAUAUUUGUUCAAUCAUCUACAAUCAAUGUGGAUAAAAAUAUUUUCAACAGUGAUAUACAUCAACAUUUGACACCCGAAGAACGAAUUGUUUUGCUGGGACAUCAUAAAGAAGUGCCUCAAUAUCAAGUGAUAUUAUCCAAAUCAUUACGCACAUCAUCUUCUUAUCAUCAAAAUCUAAUUCAUCAUCAUCAAUCUCACUUUCAUCAUCGAACGAAACGUUCAAUCAAUUUAAAUUCAAACAACAAAAAUAAUAUUGCAUCGGAUAAAAAUGAACCAAUCCGAGUUGAAUUUGAAGCAUUUGGUGAACCAUUUCGGUUACGAUUAUGGCCAAAUCAUGAUUUAUUAUCACCAGGAUUUCAUUUAAUCAAUCAAAAUCGGGAAUUAAUGAAUAAUUCUAUCAUUAAUCAAGAUGAUGAUUGGUCGAUGCGUAAACAUUUAUCUAAUUGUUUUUAUCAGGGUUAUGAUGAGGCACAUCAUAAUAGUGCAGCAGCUGUUUCACUAUGUAGCGGUAUGCAAGGUGUAAUCGAAACAAAUCCAUCAAUUUAUUUGAUUAAUCCAAUACCUGAGACAACAAGUAAAAGGAUUAUCUCUUACACUAAUAAUAAUAAUAAUAAUGAUAAUAAUCAAUCAACGACAACAUUAUUUCAACAUGAUCAUUAUCAUUUAGUAUUGAAGAAAAAUGAUUAUAAUCAUUAUGAAUGUCCACAUGGAUCAACUACUAAUUCUAAUAGCCAUAAUCAUCAUCAUUAUUACAAUGAUUUGCAUUCAAAAUUAUCAUCAUCAUUAAUGAUGAUGAAUAAUCCUAAUAAUAAUGGUAAUAAAAAUAUUUUCAAUCAAACACGUCAAAAACGUUCGAUUGAUAUUGUAGCAUCGAAUAAAAAUUAUUUCGAUGCUGAUAGAACAACAACAAGUAAAUCUACAACAAUUACAUCAUCAACAACUAUAUCGCCAACAACGGAUAAUUCAUUGUUUUCAUCAACUAUAGAAAAUCAACCGGAAAGUAUUAAUGAAAUUAAUGGUGAUCAUCAUAUAAAUUCAACCACAAAACCAACAUUUAAUAUAACAGUCGAAACGGCCGUAUUUAUUGAUGAAAGUUUAUAUCAUGUUUUGUCAAAAACAUUUCCAAUCGAUACUGAACAACAAAUAGUUCUUUAUGUAUUGACAAUAAUGAAUGCCGUACAAUUAUUAUUCAAACAACCAUCAAUUGGUCGGUCAGUUGAUAUUUCUGUCGUAUUAAUGGAUCUAUUACGACAACAACCAAAAAAUCUUACGCCAUCGGAUAAUAUUGAUACAUAUUUAACAAAUUUUUGUGUUUGGCAACAUAAAAAACGUUUACGUGAAACUGGUGGACCAACGCCUGAUUGGGAUCAUGCAUUAUUACUUUCGGGUAUUAACAUGUAUGUAGUUGAUGGUUAUGGUCGACGUAAACGACAUGUAGUUGGAUUGGCACCGGUUUCUGGAAUGUGUAAUUCAUUGAAUUCAUGUACAAUUUCGGAAGGAACAAAUUUUCAAACAGUUUUAGUUGCUGGUCAUGAAAUGGGACAUAGUUUAGGCAUGGAACAUGAUGGCUCACAAGAUGGAAAUGUCUGUAAUAAAGAUGAUUAUGUUAUGUCACCAACAUUAGGACCGGGAAAAACUACCUGGUCAGAAUGUUCGAAAAAUUAUUUGGAUAAAUUUGUUCUUACAUCGCAGGCCACUUGUGUAUUAGGACGUAGUUCACAUGUUAAUAUUAUUCAUCAAUUUAUUCCGCCACAUAGACUACCUGGUGAAAGAUUUAAUGUUGAUGCUCAAUGUAGAUUUCGUUUUGGUCCAACGGCUAGACAUCAUUCAUCACAACCGAAAUCCGAAAUAUGUCGUGUAAUUAAAUGUUAUGUUAAAUCACCUGUAAAAAAUAACAUUUCAAAUAGUCAUCAUGGAUUUUAUUCCGGUCGUGGUCUCUAUACAUAUCCGGUAAAAUCAACAUAUAAUACACAUCCAGCCUUGGAAGGUACAGAAUGUGGCCAAGAAAAAUGGUGUCGUGAAGGUCGAUGUUCAGCUAAAGCGAAUUUUCAAGCAAAUAAUGAAAUAACGGAUAUUGAUCACAACGAUUCAGAUGAACAACAAUACGAUAUUAAUCGUUAUGUACAAUGGGAAUUGAGUAAAAAGAAUGCAACGAUCGCAACAACAAACAAUAGUGAUAAAUUAAAAUCAAAAACACAAUCAACACGAAUAUCAAAUCGACAUAAGAAACGUCCAACAGCAAUAGGAAAAAUCAAUAAUGAUGCAAUGAAUACAACUAGUGAUGGUUCACCAGCCAUCAAUAUACAAACUAAUUGGCAUUAUCAUCUGAAAAAUGAUCCAUAUCAUUAUAAAUUAUCAAAUGAUCCUGCAUUCAUAAGUUCAACACCACAACCGAUAAGUUCAUCAACAACUAAACCAUCGACUAUAUUAAUCGUUGAUAAUAUUUAUAAAAGUAAAUCAACAAAUCUAAAGAAAAAUAAUAACAAUGAAAUAACAAAAAUUGUCGAUACCGAAGCAAAUUAUUUAUCCGAUGAUCAACAUAAUCCAUAUAAUAAAAUGAUUGAAAAAGAUCGAAAUCAUUGGUCAUCAAAUCGUUUGUCACAAAUUCAUCAUAAACAUCAAUCCAUUUCAAUGAAUGGUAAUUGGUCACAUUGGUCUGAUUAUGGUCCAUGUAUUUCUGAAUGUGUUGCACCUGGCAAUAAUAAUAAUAAUAAUAAGGGUAUCGAAAAUGGUAGAUUACGAUCAUCAAUAAUGGUACCAUUAGGUGUACAAACAUCAUUACGACGUUGUGAUAGUCCAUCUCCAAUGAAUGGAGGUCAACAAUGUCAAGGACCAGAUACAAGAGUGAAAUUAUGUAAUGCAUUGAAGACUUGUAGUCCAUAUUCAGCUACAUCAGCCGCUACAGGUUCAGGUGCUAAACAUCGUACAAAAUUAGAUCCAUUAACGACCGGACAUCGAUAUCAAAUUCGUUCAGUAGAUGAAUAUAUUUCGGAUACCUGUUUAAUGGCAGCAAAAUUUAACGAUAAAAUUGAAAGUCACGGUACACAGUAUCCAAGUCAUGAUUCCGCUUCACAUUCAUGUUUUGUUUGGUGUUAUAAACGUGGUGGUGGAUUCAUGACACAAGGAUGGCGAUUACCAGAUGGUACACCAUGUGGACGUAAACUGGCAUUAUCAUCUCCGGUUGAUCCCGAUGAUUCAGCUGCUACUGGUCCCAAUAAAGAUAUAAUUGAAACCACCGGUUAUUGUUACAAUGGUCAAUGUCGUCGUUUCAAUUGUCGUGGUGAAAUAUUCCAUCGACGAUCAAUUAUUCCGGCUACAUCAUCAACAAACGUAUACAAUGCCUAUCAAAAUCAUUCAACAACAUCUAUAAUGUUGGAACAGGAAUUGGAAAAUCGUUUAAUGAAAGAUAAUUGUCCAUCAAAUUAUCGUUUAGAUGAAAUAAUUCAAGAUCUUGAAGAUCAAAUUGAUGAUUGGGAUCAAAAUUAUGAUUUUACCUAUCGAUUAAUACAAAAAGUCAAAAAUAUCACGCCAAUAGCCACCGUUUCAAAAAGUGAAAGUUCAACACAAAUACCACCUAUUCAUGGCGUAGAUUCAAUGAACACUGAUUCUCCAUCACAAUCAUCACCACCUUCGUCACCAAUAUUAUUAGUCGCAACUAAUCCUUACAUAUUACAACAAAAUAAUUGGUCAGAUUGGCAUCCAGUCACCGAAUGUCAAUAUUCAAUAUCAUGCAUUCGAAAUGGUCGAGGAUUCCGUUUAGUUACCAGAGAAUGUCGUCGACAAACGUGUCUUGGACGACGUGAAGCUCUUCAAGUUUGUCCCGAAGUAUCAACUGAUAAAUCGAUUCGUAAUCCAAGUAUGACAACAAUGUAUAAUCUUUAUGAACAAUAUUGCCCAGUAUCGAUAAGACGAUCAGCUAACGAAUAUGCACAAUCAAUAUGUCGAAAAUAUCAGGCGAAAUUUUCUUCAUUAUUGUCCGGUAAUGGACAGCAACUUAAUUACGGUUGUAUUGUAGCCUGUGAAGAUCGAUUAUGGCCAGAUGUUCAUUAUCAAAUGGAUGCAUUUACCGAUGGUCGAUUCCCGUUUGGAACUGAUUGUUCCACUAAUGAUCGCCGUGGUUAUUGUCUGAAUGGUAAAUGUAUACAUUUUGAUAAAGCCGAUAUAUCAUAUGAUACUGCCGAGAGCGUCCUCUAUCGUCAUGAGAUAUUGCAAUUAUUUGCUCCAUCAACCAUAUUUCCACUUGAACCAACAGUUUAUGGUUCCAGUGAAACACCGAUGUCAACAACUACGCCAUCGGAUUCAUUAUAUUCGGCCAUAUUUAAUCAGGAAAUUUAUAAGCGAGCUUCAAAAACAUUAUCAACACCAUCACCAUCGAUCAGUUCUAUCGAACAUCAACCAGCAUAUCAAUCAUUUAUUUCAUCACAUCGUCGUUAUAAACGACAAAUCACGACAACAACAGCAGCAACAAAAAUUUUCCGUAAAGCUUCUGUUCAAGAGCAAGCAGAUCCUGAAGGCGAUUAUGUUAGUUGGACAAUGUUGAAACAUCAUCAUCAUAAUCGACCGCAACAUUCAUUCAAUCAUCAACAUCAUCAUCGACAAUAUCGACGACCAAUAACACGUACAAUGAAAAAUGCACGAUCAAUGACAAUCGAUUGGAGUCCAUUAUCAAUGAAACCAUUAAGGCCUAUAAGAUUAACUUCGGUAACACGAAAGCGUAAACCUCAAUCAUCAUCUUUAGAUAGCCAUUUUCAAACAUUCACAUUGGUGGCCAAACCAAAUAGAAAUAGAUUAAGAACUAGGCCAUCAUUAUCAUCAUCAUCAUCCAUUCAACCUAAAAUUCAUUUAAUGAAAAAUAUUACCCGAUUCUUAGAUGAUGAUGAUGAUGAUGAUGAUGACUCCAAUGAUGAUGAGCAACAAAAUGAUAAAAAACCAGCUACAAAAAUGAAAGUUUCACCUACAACAAAGACUAAUCUUACGAUGGCAAAUCAUAAAUCGAUGAAUCAAAAAUCUAAAGCGAAGUUUUCAAUGGGACAUGAAUCAUGGCCGCCGAUCACUACUACAACAAACAUUUCUACAUUUUUGGAUGAUAAUAAUGAUGAAGAUUCAACCGUAACAUCUAUCAAUCAUGAUCAAGAUGAUGAUGAAGACCAGCUUCGUGUUGAACCAUACAUAUGGAGUGUAAUUUUAUCCGAAUGUAAUCGUCCUUGUGGUGAAGGUAUACGUACGGUACGUGUUGUUUGCACAGUUGGACAGCGUUCCGUACAAGAAAAUUUUUGUGAUCAACAAACUAAACCGAUUCAUAAAUCAAUUGAAACAUGUAAAGAAAGAGAUUGUAUUGGAAGAUGGAGAGCCGAACCAUGGUCGAAAUGCUUCCUAGCCAAACGAACGCCAAAGAAUCGUUGUAAACAGAAUGAUGAAAAUUCAUCACAGGCAUUUCAAACACGUACGAUUGCCUGUGUUGGACCAAUGAUGAUGGGACAUCAUAAUCCAAAUCGUCUAACUGAAUCUAGAAUAUUUUCAUUACUAAGCCAUGAUUAUUGUGAUCCACUAACAAGGCCUAAUCAAUGGAGAUCAUGUGAUAUGAUGAUUGAUACAAAUGGUAAUGAAGAUUGUAAAAAUCAAAACGAUGAUCAGGACAAAAUCAUUGUUGAUGAUGAUGAUAAUGAUGCUGAUACAAAUAAAGAUCAUACAGUUUCAUCAAUCUUAUGAUUAAAAAGAAAAAUUUCCGUUUGUUUCAACAUUAUUUCAAAUGCUAGUCAGCAGAUUAGAGAUUCACAUAAUACG